CCACCACCGGCGCAGCUGCGGCGAGGCUCCGGGGAGCAACAAAGGAGGGCAUGAAGCGGCCGUCGCGGCCUGGGCAGGCUGACUGAUAUUUGAGGUCUUAAAUCUUGUUUUCAUAAGCGUUCAGCCUGCAUUCAAAAGGGAGAAAAAAUGGCUUUUGUUUCAACUCAAGGACCCACUGUGGUUGACCAAACCACUUUAAUGAAAAAAUACCUCCAGUUCGUGGCAGCUCUAACGGAUGUUAAUUCGCCUGAUGAAACAAAGUUGAAGAUGAUGCAAGAAGUCAGUGAAAACUUUGAGAAUGUGACCUCAUCUCCUCAGUACUCCACGUUCCUGGAACACAUCAUCCCUCGCUUUCUUACUUUUCUCCAGGAUGGAGAAGUUCAGUUUCUGCAGGAAAAACCAGCACAGCAACUGAGAAAAUUAGUUCUGGAAAUAAUCCAUAGAAUACCAACAAAUGAACAUCUUCGCCCGCACACCAAAAAUAUCUUAUCUGUGAUGUUCAGAUUUCUAGAGACUGAAAAUGAAGAAAAUGUACUUAUUUGUUUGAGGAUAAUUAUUGAGCUGCACAAACAGUUCCGGCCACCAAUCACGCAAGAGAUUCACCAUUUCUUGGAUUUUGUUAAACAGAUAUACAAGGAACUUCCCAAAGUAGUGAAUCGCUACUUUGAGAACCCUCAGGUUAUCCCCGACAACACUGUUCCUACUCCAGAAAUGGUCGGCAUGAUCACAACAAUUGUAGUGAAAGUAAAUCCAGAGCGGGAUGACAGUGAAACAAGAACACAUUCUCUGAUUCCCCGGGGCUCGCUCUCCUUGAAGGUAUUAGCUGAACUGCCCAUUAUUGUCGUCCUUAUGUAUCAGCUCUACAAACUGAACAUUCAUAAUGUGGUAGCUGAAUUUGUGCCCUUGAUCAUGAACACUAUUAUUAUCCAGGUGUCCACACAAGCAAGGCAGCAUAAACUUUACAACAAGGAGCUCUAUGCUGACUUCAUUGCUGCUCAGAUAAAGACGUUGUCGUUCUUGGCUUAUAUUAUCAGAAUUUAUCAGGAAUUGGUGGCUAAGUAUUCUCAGCAAAUGGUGAAGGGAAUGCUGCAGUUACUUUCGAACUGUCCAGCAGAAACGGCUCACCUGAGAAAGGAGCUUCUCAUUGCAGCCAAGCAUAUUCUUACCACAGACUUGAGGAGCCAAUUUAUUCCCUGCAUGGACAAAUUGUUCGACGAAUCCAUCCUCAUAGGCUCCGGAUACACAGCUCGUGAAACUCUGAGGCCCCUGGCCUACAGCACGUUGGCAGACCUGGUUCAUCAUGUCCGGCAGCAUUUGCCGCUCAACGAUCUCUCCCUGGCGGUCCAGCUAUUUGCCAAGAACAUUGAUGACGAGUCGUUGCCGAGCAGCAUCCAGACCAUGUCCUGCAAGCUCCUGCUGAACCUGGUGGACUGCAUUCGUUCCAAGAGCGAGCAGGAGAAUGGGAAUGGCAGAGACAUCCUCAUGAGGAUGCUGGAGGUUUUUGUCUUAAAAUUUCACACCAUUGCCCGCUACCAGCUUUCCGUCAUCUUUAAAAAGUGCAAACCGCAGUCUGAGCUUGGGGCAGGAGAAGCUGCUUUGCCCGGUGUACCGGCUGGAGGGAAUGCAGCUCCGGUCCCUGUGCCGUCCCCUGCUCCCACCACACCUGUGGGGGGCCCGGCGUCGGGCCCAGUCUUUGAGAAACAAGGGGAGAAGGAGAAGGAAGAUAAGCAGACCUUCCAAGUCACAGAUUGCCGAAGUUUGGUGAAGACCUUGGUCUGUGGCGUGAAGACGAUUACGUGGGGCAUCACUUCUUGCAAAGCCCCUGGGGAAGCACAAUUUAUUCCUAAUAAGCAGCUGCAACCGAAGGAGACACAGAUCUACAUAAAAUUGGUCAAAUAUGCAAUGCAGGCUUUGGAUAUUUAUCAGGUUCAAAUAGCUGGAAAUGGUCAGACGUACAUUCGAGUUGCCAAUUGUCAGACAGUCCGAAUGAAAGAGGAGAAGGAGGUCUUGGAACACUUUGCCGGCGUCUUCACAAUGAUGAAUCCUUUGACUUUCAAAGAAAUCUUCCAGACGACUGUUCCGUACAUGGUCGAAAGGAUCUCUAAGAACUACGCCCUUCAGAUCGUUGCCAACUCUUUCUUGGCCAACCCGACUACCUCAGCUCUGUUUGCCACAAUCCUGGUGGAGUACCUUCUCGAUCGGUUGCCCGAAAUGGGCUCUAACGUGGAGCUGUCCAACCUGUACCUCAAGCUGUUCAAGUUGGUUUUCGGCUCCGUUUCGCUCUUUGCAGCCGAAAACGAGCAGAUGCUAAAGCCGCACUUACACAAGAUAGUGAACAGCUCCAUGGAACUCGCGCAGACGGCGAAGGAGCCCUACAACUAUUUCUUGCUGUUGAGAGCACUCUUCCGGUCCAUAGGCGGCGGGAGCCAUGAUCUCCUGUAUCAGGAAUUCCUGCCCUUGUUACCCAACUUGCUGCAAGGGCUGAACAUGCUGCAAAGCGGCUUGCACAAGCAACAUAUGAAGGAUUUGUUUGUUGAGCUGUGCCUCACUGUCCCCGUACGGCUGAGCUCCCUCCUUCCGUAUUUGCCGAUGUUGAUGGAUCCUUUGGUGUCGGCCCUGAACGGAUCUCAGACGCUGGUCAGCCAGGGCCUGCGAACUCUGGAACUGUGCGUGGAUAACCUGCAGCCGGACUUCCUGUACGAUCACAUUCAACCCGUGAGAGCAGAACUCAUGCAGGCUCUGUGGCGGACGCUGCGCAAUCCCGCUGAGACCAUAUCCCACGUUGCUUACCGGGUGCUUGGCAAAUUUGGGGGGAGCAACCGAAAAAUGCUGAAAGAAUCUCAGAAGCUGCAGUACGUUGUGACGGAGAUUCAAGGCCCCAGCAUUACGGCCGAGUUCUCUGACUGCAAAGCAUCGAUCCAGCUCCCAAUGGAAAAGGCCAUUGAGACGGCCUUGGACUGCUUGAAGAGUGCCAACACCGAGCCGUACUAUCGGAGGCAGGCCUGGGAGGUGAUCAAAUGCUUCUUGGUGGCCAUGAUGAGCCUGGAUGACAACAAGCAUGCUUUGUAUCAGCUUCUUGCCCAUCCCAACUUUACCGAGAAGUCAAUUCCCAGCGUCAUCAUUUCCCAUCGGUACAAAGCCCAGGAUACACCUGCCCGUAAAACGUUUGAACAGGCCUUGACGGGGGCGUUCAUGUCGGCCGUGAUCAAAGAUCUCCGCCCAAGUGCACUUCCUUUCGUGGCCAGCUUGAUUCGUCAUUACACUAUGGUGGCCGUCGCCCAGCAGUGCGGUCCCUUCUUGCUCCAGUGUUACCAGGUUGGCAGCCAGCCCAGUACGGCCAUGUUCCACAGCGAAGAAAACGGAUCCAAAGGCAUGGACCCAUUGGUGCUGAUCGACGCCAUCGCCAUCUGCAUGGCCUACGAAGAGAAGGAGCUCUGUAAAAUCGGAGAGGUGGCCCUGGCCGUCAUCUUCGACGUGGCCAGCAUCAUCCUGGGGUCGAAGGAAAGGGCUUGCCAGCUCCCCCUGUUCUCGUACAUCGUGGAGCGCCUCUGCGCCUGCUGCUACGAACAAGCGUGGUAUGCCAAGCUCGGGGGAGUGGUGUCGAUCAAAUUCCUCAUGGAGCGGCUGCCCCUCAUUUGGGUUCUCCAGAACCAGCAGACUUUCCUCAAGGCGCUGCUGUUUGUCAUGAUGGACCUAACAGGAGAGGUUUCGAACGGAGCCGUCGCCAUGGCCAAGACCACCCUCGAGCAGCUGCUGAUCAGGUGCGCGACGCCGCUCAAAGACGAAGAGAAGACGGAGGACAUCCUCACGGCCCAGGAGAAGUCGUUCCACCACGUGACCCACGACCUGGUGCGAGAAGUGACCUCGCCCAACUCCACCGUGAGGAAGCAGGCGAUGCAUUCCUUGCAGGUGCUCGCGCAGGUCACGGGGAAAAGCGUCACAGUGAUCAUGGAACCGCACAAAGAGGUCCUCCAAGACAUGGUUCCUCCCAAAAAGCACUUGCUCAGGCACCAGCCGGCAAACGCCCAGAUUGGUUUGAUGGAGGGCAACACGUUUUGUACCACACUUCAACCCAGGCUUUUCACCAUGGAUCUAAACGUUGUGGAACACAAAGUGUUCUACACGGAGCUGUUGAAUUUGUGCGAGGCGGAGGACAGCGCCUUGAUGAAGUUGCCCUGCUACAAGAGCCUUCCCUCGCUGGUCCCGCUUCGAAUUGCGGCGCUGAAUGCCUUAGCUGCUUGCAAUUACUUGCCGCAGUCGAGAGAGAAAAUCAUCGCUGCGCUUUUCAAGGCGCUGAACUCCACCAACAAUGAACUCCAGGAGGCAGGAGAGGCUUGCAUGAGAAAGUUCCUGGAGGGCGCCACCAUAGAAGUCGACCAGAUUCACACGCACAUGAGGCCUCUGCUGAUGAUGCUGGGUGAUUACCGGAGUUUGACGCUGAACGUCGUGAACCGCCUCACGUCCGUGACCAGGCUCUUCCCGAACUCCUUUAACGAUAAGUUCUGUGACCAAAUGAUGCAACACCUGCGCAAAUGGAUGGAAGUUGUAGUCAUAACACACAAAGGAGGGCAGCGGAGUGACGGAAACGAGAUGAAGAUUUGCUCGGCAAUUAUAAACCUAUUUCAUCUGAUCCCGGCCGCUCCGCAGACGCUCGUUAAGCCCUUGCUGGAAGUUGUGAUGAAAACGGAACGGGCUAUGUUGAUAGAGGCUGGCAGCCCGUUCCGAGAACCAUUAAUAAAGUUUCUGACGCGUCAUCCGUCCCAGACGGUCGAGCUGUUCAUGAUGGAAGCAACCUUAAACGAUCCGCAGUGGAGCAGGAUGUUCAUGAGUUUUUUGAAACAUAAAGAUGCAAAACCUUUGCGAGAUGUCCUGGCAGCCAACCCUAAUCGCUUCAUCACAUUGCUCUUACCUGGCGGCACUCAAACAGCUGUCCGGCCCGGCUCCCCCAGCACCAGCACCAUGCGCCUGGACCUCCAGUUUCAGGCCAUCAAGAUCAUCAGCAUUAUCGUAAAGAACGACGAGGGCUGGCUGGCGAACCAGCAUUCCUUAGUAAGCCAGCUCAGGCGAGUGUGGGUCAGUGAGGCCUUUCAGGAACGGCACCGGAAGGAGAACAUGGCUGCGACGAACUGGAAGGAGCCAAAGCUGCUGGCGUACUGCUUACUGAAUUACUGCAAGUACGUAGACCUGAGAAAUUACGGUGACAUAGAACUGCUCUUCCAGCUUCUCCGGGCCUUCACCGGCCGUUUUCUUUGCAACAUGACUUUCUUGAAAGAAUACAUGGAAGAAGAGAUUCCUAAAAAUUACACCAUUGCCCAGAAACGGGCUCUGUUCUUCCGUUUUGUCGACUUCAGCGAUCCCAACUUUGGAGAUGAGCUUAAAGCCAAGGUUCUGCAGCACGUCCUCAAUCCUGCCUUCUUGUACAGCUUUGAAAAGGGGGAAGGGGAACAGCUGUUGGGCCCUCCCAACCCAGAAGGGGACAACCCUGAAAGCAUCACCAGCGUCUUCAUAACAAAGGUACUCGAUCCAGAAAAGCAGGCCGACAUGCUGGACUCGCUGAGGAUCUACCUCCUGCAGUUCGCCACGCUCCUGGUGGAGCACGCCCCGCACCACAUCCACGACAACAACAAGAACCGGAACAGCAAGCUCCGGCGCCUCAUGACCUUCGCUUGGCCUUGCCUGCUCUCGAAGGCCUGCGUGGACCCGGCCUGCAAAUACAGCGGCCACUUGCUGCUGGCCCACAUCAUUGCCAAAUUUGCCAUUCACAAGAAGAUCGUCUUGCAGGUGUUUCAUAGCCUCCUGAAGGCUCACGCCAUGGAGGCCCGGGCCAUCGUUCGGCAAGCCAUGGCUAUUCUGACGCCAGCAGUGCCCGCUCGCAUGGAGGAUGGCCACCAGAUGUUGACUCACUGGACGAGGAAAAUCAUCGUCGAAGAGGGUCAUACGGUUCCCCAGCUGGUCCACAUUUUGCAUUUAAUAGUCCAGCACUUCAAGGUUUACUAUCCGGUGAGACACCACUUAGUGCAGCACAUGGUGAGCGCCAUGCAGCGGCUGGGCUUCACCCCCAGCGUCACCAUCGAGCAAAGGAAGCUGGCGGUGGAUCUUGCCGAAGUCGUGAUCAAAUGGGAGUUGCAACGGAUCAAAGACCAGCAGCCGGAUUCGGAUAUGGAUCAGGGCGCCAGUGGUGAAGGAGCAAGUUCUGCCUCGUCCUCCGUGAAGAGGGGGCUCUCGGUCGACUCUGGGCAAGAAGUGAAGCGGUUCAGGACUGCUACCGGAGCAAUAAGUGCUGUGUUUGGACGCAGUCAGUCACUGCCCGGAGCUGACGCCCUCCUUUCGAAGCCCAUUGACAAGCAACACACGGACACUGUAAUCAACUUCCUCAUUAGGAUUGCUUGCCAGGUAAAUGACAACUCAAACACCGCCGGCUCUCCGGGAGAGCUCCUUUCCCGGCGCUGCGUCAACCUUCUGAAGACGGCUUUACGGCCGGAUAUGUGGCCAAAAUCGGAGCUGAAACUGCAGUGGUUUGAUAAGCUUCUAAUGACUGUGGAGCAGCCUACCCAGGCCAACUUCGCCAAUAUCUGCACCGGGUUGGAGGUUCUCAGCUUUCUCCUAACCGUCCUCCAGUCUCCAGCGAUUCUGAGUAGCUUCAAACCUCUGCAGCGAGGGAUAGCCUCUUGUAUGACCUGCGGCAACACCAAGGUUCUGCGAGCCGUCCACACCCUGCUUUCUCGCUUGAUGAGUAACUUCCCGACAGAACCAAGUACCUCGACGGUUGCCUCCAAGUAUGAAGAACUGGAGUGUCUCUACGCUGCCGUUGGGAAGGUUAUUUACGAAGGACUUACUAAUUAUGAAAAAGCUACUAACGCCAACCCUUCUCAGCUUUUUGGUACUUUAAUGAUUCUGAAAUCUGCAUGCACCAACAAUCCCAGCUAUAUAGACAGGCUGAUCUCAGUCUUCAUGCGAUCUCUCCAGAAGAUGGUUAGGGAGCACUUAAACCAGCAGUCUCAAGCAGGGACAGCGGAAGCGAACACAGCCGGCACAAGCGAGUUGGUCAUGCUGAGCUUAGACCUGGUGAAAACCCGCCUUGCGGUGAUGAGCAUGGAAAUGAGGAAGAAUUUCAUCCAAGCCAUUCUAACAUCUCUCAUUGAAAAAUCCAACGAUGCCAAAAUCCUCCGGGCCGUGGUCAAAAUAGUGGAAGAGUGGGUGAAGAACAACACUUCAAUGGCUACCAACCAGACGCCUACGCUUCGGGAGAAGUCCAUUUUACUAGUAAAAAUGAUGACCUACAUUGAAAAACGUUUUCCAGAGGACCUUGAAUUAAAUGCCCAGUUCCUAGACCUUGUUAACUAUGUCUAUAGGGACGAAAACCUUUCGGGUAGCGAGCUGACCGCGAAACUUGAGCCGGCCUUCCUUUCGGGACUCCGCUGUGCUCAGCCACUGAUCCGGGCCAAGUUUUUUGAGGUGUUCGACAACUCCAUGAAGCGCCGGGUCUAUGAGCGCCUGUUGUAUGUCACCUGUUCUCAAAACUGGGAAGCGAUGGGGAACCACUUUUGGAUCAAGCAGUGCAUUGAGCUCCUGUUGGCCGUAUGCGAAAGAAACACUACCAUCGGGACCAGCUGCCAAGGCGCCAUGCUCCCGUCCAUCACAAACGUCAUCAACCUAGCCGACAGUCACGACCGGGCCGCGUUUGCGAUGGUGACCCACGUCAAGCAAGAGCCCCGCGAACGAGAAAACAGCGAAUCUAAGGAAGAGGAUGUUGAGAUCGAAAUUGAAUUGGGUCCGGGGGACCAGACCAGUACACCCAAAACCAAAGAGCUUUCUGAAAAGGACAUUGGCAACCAAUUGCACAUAUUGACGAACCGACACGAUAAAUUCCUUGACUCUCUACGAGAAGUGAAGACUGGAGCCCUGCUAAGUGCCUUUGUGCAGCUGUGCCACAUUUCCACGCCCUUAGCUGAGAAGACUUGGAUCCAGCUGUUCUCCAGAUUGUGGAAAAUCCUCUCCGAUAGACAGCAACAUGCUCUGGCGGGUGAAAUAAGCCCUUUCUUGUGUAGCGGUAGCCAUCAAGUGCAGCGCGACUGCCAGCCCAGCGCACUGAACUGUUUCGUGGAAGCCAUGUCGCAGUGCGUCCCUCCCAUUCCCAUCAGGCCCUGCGUGCUGAAGUACCUGGGCAAAACUCACAACCUCUGGUUCCGUUCGACGCUGAUGCUGGAGCAUCAGGCCUUUGAGAAAGGGCUCAGCCUCCAGAUCAAGCCCAAGCAGACCACGGAGUUCUACGAGCAGGAAAGCAUCACUCCGCCUCAACAGGAAAUACUUGAUUCGCUUGCUGAGCUGUAUUCCUUGCUACAAGAGGAGGACAUGUGGGCCGGAUUGUGGCAAAAGCGUUGUAAAUUUCCGGAGACGGCGACUGCAAUUGCAUAUGAGCAGCACGGCUUCUUCGAGCAGGCUCAGGAAACCUAUGAAAAAGCAAUGGAGAAAGCCAAGAAAGAACACGAACGAAGCAAUGCUUCCCCUGCCAUUUUCCCGGAGUAUCACCUCUGGGAAGACCACUGGAUCCGGUGCUCCAAGGAAUUGAAUCAGUGGGAAGCUCUGACCGAAUACGGCCAAUCGAAGGGUCAUAUCAACCCCUACCUGGUCCUGGAAUGCGCGUGGCGCGUCUCCAACUGGACUGCCAUGAAGGAGGCCCUUGUCCAGGUGGAGCUGAGUUGCCCCAAAGAGAUGGCAUGGAAGGUCAACAUGUACCGGGGAUACUUGGCUAUCUGCCAUCCUGAAGAUCAGCAGCUUAACUUCAUUGAGCGCCUCGUAGAGAUGGCCAGCGGCUUGGCUAUUCGGGAAUGGCGAAGGCUUCCUCAGGUGGUUUCACACGUCCACACGCCCCUCCUUCAGGCAGCACAGCAAAUCAUUGAACUUCAGGAAGCGGCCCAAAUAAACGCCGGCUUGCAGCCGGCCAAUCUGGGGAGGAAUAACAGCCUGCACGACAUGAAGACCGUCGUGAAGACGUGGAGGAACCGGCUGCCCAUCGUGUCAGACGACCUCUCCCACUGGAGCAGCAUUUUCAUGUGGAGGCAACAUCAUUACCAAGCCAUCGUAAGCGCUUACGAGAACAGCUCCCAACACGACCCCAGUUCCAACAACGCCAUGCUGGGGGUCCACGCCUCCGCCUCGGCCAUCAUCCAGUACGGGAAAAUCGCCCGGAAACAAGGCCUGGUCAACGUGGCGCUGGACAUCUUGAGCCGGAUCCACACCAUCCCCACGGUGCCCAUUGUGGAUUGCUUCCAGAAGAUCCGGCAACAAGUCAAGUGCUACCUUCAGCUGGCCGGAGUCAUGGGCAAGAACGAGUGCAUGCAGGGCCUUGAGGUCAUCGAAUCAACCAAUCUGAAGUACUUCACCAAGGAGAUGACUGCAGAGUUCUACGCGCUGAAGGGAAUGUUUUUGGCUCAGAUUAACAAAUCUGAAGAAGCAAACAAAGCCUUCUCCGCCGCUGUUCAGAUGCACGACGUGCUCGUGAAGGCCUGGGCAAUGUGGGGAGAUUACUUGGAAAACAUCUUCGUGAAGGAACGGCAGUUGCACCUGGGGGUGUCGGCGAUCACGUGUUACCUGCACGCCUGCCGCCACCAGAACGAAAGCAAAUCCAGGAAGUAUUUAGCAAAGGUUCUUUGGCUACUGAGCUUUGACGACGAGAAGAAUACCCUGGCAGAUGCUGUUGACAAGUACUGCAUCGGUGUCCCGCCUAUCCAGUGGCUGGCUUGGAUCCCACAGCUGUUAACAUGUCUGGUUGGAUCAGAGGGCAAACUUCUCUUGAACCUCAUUAGCCAGGUUGGACGUGUUUAUCCCCAGGCGGUCUACUUCCCUAUCCGGACCCUCUAUUUGACACUGAAGAUAGAACAGCGCGAGCGCUACAAAAGUGAUUCCGGACAGCAGCAGCCGAGUUCCGUCGGGAACCAAUCGCAUUCCGCUUCGGACCCCGGGCCAAUCAGAGCCACCGCCCCGAUGUGGCGUUGCAGCCGAAUCAUGCAUAUGCAGCGGGAACUGCAUCCGACGCUGCUCUCCUCUCUAGAGGGAAUUGUGGAUCAAAUGGUCUGGUUUAGAGAAAACUGGCACGAGGAGGUCCUUCGACAGCUACAACAAGGCCUGGCAAAGUGCUACUCUGUUGCCUUUGAGAAGAGUGGAGCAGUUUCAGACGCCAAAAUCACCCCCCACACACUGAAUUUUGUCAAGAAGUUGGUCAGCACGUUUGGGGUUGGCCUUGAGAACGUCUCCAAUGUCUCCACCAUGUUUUCCAGUGCAGCUUCGGAGUCUUUAGCCAGAAGAGCCCAGGCCACAGCUCAAGAUCCCGUCUUUCAGAAACUGAAAGGGCAGUUCACAACAGACUUUGACUUCAGCGUGCCGGGCUCCAUGAAACUUCACAACCUGAUCUCGAAGCUGAAGAAAUGGAUCAAGAUCCUGGAGGCGAAAACGAAACAGCUUCCCAAGUUCUUCCUCAUCGAGGAGAAAUGUCGGUUCCUGAGCAACUUCUCCGCCCAGACGGCCGAAGUGGAGAUUCCUGGGGAGUUCCUGAUGCCAAAGCCUACCCAUUAUUACAUCAAGAUUGCACGAUUUAUGCCCAGAGUAGAGAUUGUACAAAAGCAUAACACGGCAGCCCGGAGACUCUACAUCCGAGGCCAUAAUGGAAAGAUUUACCCGUAUCUUGUCAUGAACGAUGCUUGCCUGACCGAGUCGCGCCGGGAAGAGCGGGUGUUGCAGCUCCUUCGCCUCCUGAACCCCUGUUUAGAGAAGAGGAAAGAAACCACAAAGAGGCACCUGUUCUUUACAGUCCCUCGGGUCGUGGCCGUCUCCCCGCAGAUGCGCCUCGUGGAGGACAACCCCUCGUCCCUCUCCCUCGUGGAGAUCUACAAGCAGCGCUGCGCCAAGAAGGGGAUUGAACAUGACAGCCCCAUCUCCCGCUACUACGACAGGCUGGCGACCGUCCAGGCGCGAGGGACCCAGGCCAGCCAUCAGGUACUCCGGGAUAUCCUGAAAGAGGUUCAGGGCAACAUGGUGCCCCGCAGCAUGCUGAAGGAGUGGGCCCAGCACACGUUCCCCAACGCCACCGAUUACUGGACCUUCCGGAAGAUGUUCACCAUCCAGUUGGCCCUGAUUGGUUUUGCCGAAUUCGUCUUCCACUUGAACAGGCUGAACCCCGAAAUGUUGCAAAUUGCUCAGGAUACCGGCAAGCUGAACGUGGCCUACUUCCGAUUUGACAUCAACGAUGCCACUGGGGACCUUGACGCCAACCGGCCCGUUCCGUUCCGACUCACGCCGAACAUUUCCGAGUUCCUCACCACCAUUGGCGUUUCCGGGCCGCUCACGGCUUCUAUGAUUGCAGUUGCUCGCUGUUUUGCGCAGCCAAACUUCAAGGUUGACGGCAUCCUGAAGACGGUGCUGCGAGACGAAAUCAUUGCCUGGCACAAGAAAACCCAGGAGGAUACGUCUUCCCCGCUCUCGGCAGCUGGGCAGCCCGAGAACAUGGACAGCCAGCAGCUGGUUUCUCUGGUUCAGAAAGCAGUGACCGCCAUCAUGACGCGGCUGCAUAACCUGGCUCAGUUCGAGGGAGGGGACAGCAAAGUGAACACGCUGGUGGCCGCCGCCAACAGCUUGGACAACCUGUGCCGCAUGGACCCCGCUUGGCACCCGUGGCUCUAACGUGGCAGCGAGACGUUCCGGGACCGUAUUCAAGGGAGAGAGAGAGAGAGAAAGAGAAAUGUCAAGAGCUGUCUGCAAAGCGUUGGCUUGCCUUGUCACCUCUCCGCCCCAUCCCGACCCGACUUUUGUGACCCUUUUUCGGCAUGAUCAUGUUUACAGGUGUUCUGCUGUUUUUACCACCCGCAAAGUCGUUUUGGCGUGCGUAACGCCUGAGAUCGCUCCUAGGGCCAGUUUGAAAGGAGGAAGCCUGGGCAGUGUGUAGAGCAAUCUUGGUUUCGGUCAAAAGUGAGAACCCUGACGCCCCGAGCAAGAUACAACGAAUUUGUCAUCUGUUGCGAUAGAGAUUUGGAUGGAUCCAAUGCAGUGCGAAUUUCCCCAGGCGUACCUAUAAACCUGUUUUGGUUUUGUUUCUGGUUUGUUCGUUCUGUUUUUUUUAUACUUUAAGAAAUUCGUACUCCUACAUUGUAGGUCUUUAUUGUUUGAAGUUUUUCUCCCCCCUAUAUAAAAAGUGUUUCCGUCAUUGUUUACCUUCCCAGUGGUACAAAGACUGCUAAAAUACCAUUUUAAUCCAAUCAGAAAUAUACGAGAGUUCAACGUGGGUUUGUACAGCGGUUUUGUAACAAAAUGUAUAGAAAAUCGUCCUUUUUCGUGGGAGGGAUCUCUCUAGUUGGAGACAACAUGAACAAAUUGUGCUAGUGUUUUUUUUUUACCCUUUCUUUUCUGCAGAGCAUUGUACAGUGAAGAUGGACCCAUUUCUGAAAUCUAGUUUAGUGACUCACUUAUGCAUAAAAGGAAAUUCGUCAUCCAUUAAGAUACAUAUUUGGAUGGAACCAGUGCUGCGCAAAUUUAAAAGUAUAUGAUAAUCUGGUUUUCGUUUUUAUUUUGACACAUUUAAAUGUAUGUCAUUCAAGUAGCUUCUUGAGGAACUGUUUUUAGUUUUUACCUUUGUAAUUCAAAAAAAAAAAAAAGAAGAGAAGAAAAAUGAAUUGCUUUUAUUUGGGUCUGCGUUAGCCAUUUUUAUAAACCUUGCAGUGUUGAGAAUGUGACACACUUUGAAUUUGUACAGGGUGAACUUUUUUUCAAAAUAAAUAUUUUCUAAAAUGCU